GCCGCACCUCGCAACAACGCCGCCGCCGCCGCCAGCGCCGGCGCGCCGGGAGCGUCAACGACGAACUCGAGGUCUCAGUCCCCGGCCGGCGAAGCAGCCGCGGAGUGCCCGCAAGGAGCAACCCCAUCCGCCAUUCUUCCGUCGACGACGCUGUACGCUCCUCGGCUCAGCUGGUCGCAGCCGCCGCAGCCGCCGCAUCUGAACACUGCAGCUUCACGAUGCGCACGUUCCGGGAAGACGUGUGUUCUCCUUGCUCUGAGGUUCGUCACUGACGGCGUCUUCUUUGAGGGACGCACGGACGGACAGGCAGGAAAGCAGCUACUGGGAGCUCUUCAACGCAUCGUGCACCGUCAUCGUCGUUGCCGAGGGAGAGAACGUAAGGAAGAGAGGAGGACGUCUCCAACUGAUCCUGGACACCGAACCGACGCCCGCGGAAACGGCACUCCGCCGCCAUACGUCCUGAGGAGAGCGCAUGAUGCGUCGGGCCUUCGCACUGACCACUGCUCUGGGCGCCCUGUGUUUCCUGUUCCUGUCGCGCUACACGACCGUGCUGCCCUGGCUCAGCUGGUGGAAGUCGGCACGCUCGGAAGAAGACGAGGACCUCGAGGCCAGCGGCUACCUGAUCCGCACGCCGGAGUGCCACAUCCCCGCGUGGGACCCGUUCGACCCCAGCGUGGCCCACAUGUACCGCAAGGUGGCCGACUUCGUGUGCCCCGGUAAACCCACCUUCCUACGCGUGCGUCCCAACGCAGUGCUGGUCGCGGACGACGCUCUCCUCUGGCGCUACUACAAGCUCAAGCGCUCGCAGGUCAAGUGCACCUACAGGGAGGUCUUCAGGAACCCCAAAGCCCCGGCGCACGUGGCCGACGAUCGCUACAACCUGAGCGCUCCGAGGCAGCUGACCUUCGGCCAGCCCCUGAAGGUGCACCACGCCAUCGUCAACUGCUUCCACAACCACCAGGAGGUGCUCGUGCAACACGUGCCCCUCGUGCCGGUGUCGCCGGAGCUGGAGCGCAAGCUCGAGCGGCUCCAAGAGACCCCCGGGAAUUCGGAGGCGGCGAGGUUGAACGUGCUCAUGGUGGGAGUGGACUCGAUCUCCAACCUCAACUUCGAAAGGCACAUGCCGAGGACCAAGGCGUUCCUGAAGGACGUUCUUGGUGCCGUGCAGCUUCAUGGUUACACCAAGAUCGGCGACAACACGUUCCCGAACAUAGUGGCGCUGCUGACGGGGCACUUCCUGGAGUACUACUGGAACGAAAGCCUCUCCAGGUUCACUUUCGACGGGCUGGACUUCGUGUGGAAAGAUUUCGCCAAGAGAGGGUACCGCUCGUUGUUCGCCGAAGACGCGCCUAGCAUAGCCACUUUCAAUUACCUCAAACACGGUUUCGCAAAACCGCCUGCAGACUACUACUUGAGACCGUUGUGCCUGGCCACGGAGAACUCGGCCGUGCGCUCCAAAGCGGGCCGUCACUGCUGGGGCUCCAAGAUGGAGAUGGAGGUCGUGUUCGACUACCUCGCCGACUUCGUCGAGGCGUGCGAGUCGCGUCCCCACUUCGGCUUCGCGUUCGUGGCUCGCCUCACUCACGACAGCCUCAACAACGCCGGAUACGCCGACGCGCCCUCGGUGCGGCUCCUCGAGCGCCUGCACGGCAGCGGCGCGCUCAAGAACACGCUGCUCGUGUUCUUCAGCGACCAUGGCCUGCGCUUCGGGCCCAUACGCUCGACGUACGUGGGCAAGCUCGAAGAGCGCAUGCCCAUCAUGUUCCUCGCUUUCCCAGAAGCCUUUGCGCAGCAGUACCCGACCGCGGUGUCGCGGCUGCGGACGAACACCCGGCGGCUGACGACGCCGUUCGACGUGCACGCCACGCUUCAGCACCUGGCUUCGUUCGCGCCGGACCGUCCCCACCGGACGAUGCAUGGCGUCAGCCUGUUCCACGAGGUCGCGUUCAACCGAAGCUGCGAGGACGCGUACAUCUUUCCGCACUGGUGCACCUGUCAGAACAGGACGGUGGUGUCCGUCAACGACCCCGGUGUGAUCAACGCGUCGCACGCGUUGGUGAGUGCCGUCAACUCCCAGCUGGAGCCCAGGGCCGAACUGUGCAGCCCGCUCGCGCUCUACAAGGUCGUCGACGCGACGGUGUCGCAGCCCAACGACAAAGUGCUCCGCUUCGUGCGCCACUACCACGACGUGAUCGGCCGCGGAGUGCAGCUGGGGAAGAAAGUGACCGCGCCGCUCGAUUACAUGGUGACGGUGAUGGUGAAACCCAGCAACGCACUGCUGGAGGCGACGAUACGCUACUACGAGCCGACGGAACAGUACGUUGUGCUCGGUGACGUGAGCAGGUUAAACAGGUACGGCAGUCAGGGGGAGUGCAUAUCCGACGCGGUAAUGCGCAAGUUCUGCUACUGUAGGACGCACCUGAAAGCCACUAGGGGACCGGGAUGAGGAACAUUGUUGUGGAAAAGCAUCGGUUCUAAGCAGUAAUAACGAGGCCUAUGGACGGCACCUCGUGUUUUGUAUAGCACGUACGUUGCGACACCUUUCAGCAACGCACGCAUUCGCUUUUUUUGUAUGGCGAGUGUGCAAACAAUCUCUGGGGCCAUGAAUGAGGAGGGGGGGGGGGGAGUAGAGUGAGAGUAUCACUGAUGGAUACAAUACUCCCGUGUGUAAAGCGCGUCAACUUAAUGGCGUUUCCGAAGACAAGCUAAAGAUGGACAUUUUACCUUUUGCAGGCAGGAACCACUGUUGCAGUGUGCUUCGAAGGAGUAUCGAAAUUUACUUUUGUUUGUUUGUUACCAUAGCAGUCUCAGAGAAUAGGCAAACGUGCAGACAUAGCAUAUGGAGGUUAUGUAACUCGAUAAAGCCACAGAACGAUAACUAUAUCAACUAAAAACAGUGUGAAACUGGGUCACUUCGUGUAAAUUAAUGGCAAGAUGCACCGACAUGCCACCAACGAAGUUUAAUCAUUGUUUUGGGUGCCACAUUCCGUGUUUAUUCGUAUUAAAUGAACACCGAUCAGAAGCUAUAUAGCGACACUGCCAGAUCCAGCGCAUUACUACCUGCUUUAUUAUUCACAUAUAUAUCACCAUGAUCUACAGUCAUAAGUGCAGGUUCCAGACCAUACAGGUAUAGUAUACAGAUCUGGUCAUUGUCUGUGAUACGCGCCAAAAAGAAAAAAAAUGCAUGGGCUAAUAUGACCGACAGUAUGUUCAGCGAGUAGCUCAUGAAUAGGAUCAUUUGUUAUACGAAUAAAGAAUUGAAUAGGUAAAUAAACGUAUUUGAGCAAAGGUCGCCGACACGGCUCUAUUGUUCCGAGUCACCAAUGAACGAGCUUUCCAAGCGACGAAACUGAACUUUGAAGGCUUUCUGCACCAUCAAGAGAGCCUUAAUUGUCUUCCAAUAAAACGAGAUCAUCACAGAAAAGUAGUCGAUUUGCUGAUUCAUUACAUAUUUUUAUGGGACCUAAAUGCCUUCAAAGAGCAACAAACAUAAAGCUGACAGUAUAUAUCGGCAAAAAUAGGCUGGGUUAUAAGUCUUUAACUCUGCCCUUUCCGGCAC